CGCCCACCUUAGCUAAAUUCAAGGUCGUCUCCUUCCCCAUCCUUCCCCGCCACCUGCUUCUUCUGUAUAUAACACCGGAUGAACCACUACUGUGUCUGAGAAAUCCGUGAGCAGUGAUCCCACUAAGACCGUCUCUUAUCAACAUGAAAGUUACACUAAUAGCGGUGGCCCUGUGCCUGAUGCUGGGGGUGGCCCUGGCCCUACCGGCUCCUGUGGCCUUGGCCCUGCCCGUCCCUGUGGCCCUCCCUGACGCCCUAGCUGAUCCUCACCGCCACCAUCAUCGCCAUGGCGGCUUCGGUAGAUAUGGUGGUUAUGGAGGCUACGGCGGUUAUGGAGGAGGAUUAGGCGGCUUAGGAGGCUUUGGUGGUUUUGGAGGCUUAGGCGGCUUCGGAGGAUUUGGUGGCGGCUUUGGUGGCGGGUUUGGAGGACUGGGAGGAGGAUAUGGAGGCGGCUACUGGUAACUUCGACUAAUAUCACACUCAAGGACAUUUCUGGUGGCCUUCAACACCGCCCAGCCCACACCAGCCUACACCAGCCUACUCAAUGAAAAAAUUAAGAACAAUAAACACCCAUAAUGGUAAAACAUUAUAGUGAAGUCUUUGUAAAGAUAAAUACAUUAAUCAUUACUAUUCUGGCGGAUUUCAAUAAAAACGUUCACACUUUU